GUAGAAAAGCUGCAGCAGUAAUCUUUAAUGAUGAUUCCUUACUUUCAGCUACCCUUACUCUCAACGACGGAAUAUCUAAUACAAUAAACUUGGACGCACUGAGUUGUGUAAUCAUUAAUAAAGAAAAUUUUCUAAAGAUCGUAAACUUUGCCGAAGUAAAUAAAAAAGAUCAAAUGAUAAUUGAUGAUAAAAACCACAAAACUAUUCAAGCUGAAGAUAUUAAUCUUGUUAGACAACCUAGUGGUUUAUCAUUUGAAAUAGAUUUUGUAAAUAUGGAUAUUCAAGAAAGUAAUAUGGAAUUGAGUUUUGACGAACCAAUCGGCUCUGAAUCAGAUGAAUAUAAUAAUACAGAUGAGGAGACAGGUGAAAGGCUAUUUGAUAAUUUAGCUUCAUCAUUUAGAAAAAGUAAAGAAAUCAGUUCCUGUGAUGGUAUAGAAUGCAUCCCACUACCAAGCGAAAAAGAAGCUGUAUCAGUUUUACAA